GUGCAGGCUGUUGAUCCGCUUCGUCAACGACUCCAGCGCCCCCGCCUGGCGGGGCUUCUUCUAUACCGCCCUGCUCUUCAUGUGUACCUGUGUGCAGUCCAUCAUCCUCCAGAAGUACUUUCACGUGUGUUUUGUCUCAGGCAUGCGUCUGCGCACUGCUAUCAUCGGAGCCGUCUACAGGAAGGCUUUAGUUAUCAGCAGUGCAGCACGCCGCAGCUCCACUGUUGGAGAGAUCGUCAACCUGAUGUCAGUGGAUGCUCAGCGCUUCAUGGACCUAAUCACUUACAUCAACAUGAUAUGGUCCGCCCCUCUGCAGGUGGUUCUGGCCCUCUACUUCCUCUGGCAG